AUGAGUUACUCAGAUAUAAACUGGGCUCAAAGGUCAAGAUACAACGACCAAGCAAGAUUAUCGCAUAGCCGCAUUUCACUGCUGUCCACACCUACAGAAGAACCUUCCUUUGUGCGCAAUGCCACUACAACUACAACUACAACAACGCAUAGCCAUCUGAACAAGACACUAUCCAAGCUCAUUGAUCGCUUUGAUAUCAGUCCAAGGAACGCUUCGCUUAGUGAUAUACAACGACAGAAAGAUGGACUCGUAGACAAGUUUAGUCAUAUUUUAUCAACGCAGAUAGAGCCCUCCAUUGUCGAAAAUGAAAACGACAUAGCUAAUGCUAUCCAUACACAAUUACAGGAAUCUCGAGACCCUGAAAAAGCCCAUCGCUUUGGACAUUUAUACAACAAGUUGGCAUCAAGGCAAAUACUAGAAAGGAAAUGGUCCAUUCUCUAUUUAUUAUCACUCACUGGUAAACUACCAUCCAGUAGCACAUCCGAUUUAUCUACAUUGGACAGCCCUCGUGCGACCAUUAGUGGAUUACAGAACCUCCAUCAUGAAGCCACAUCAGCUGCAGAUUACUUGCAACCACCCGCUUCCAGACCGUACGAUACGCACUCGAGCGAUUCACCAAGGAAUAUACGCCGUCGACUUGCCAGAGAAAGCGCAUCGCCGCAAAGAGAGAGUAUGGGGUUAGACACUGCACCGCCUGCUGUUCAGCUAGCAAGAGCCAGGGAAUCCCACAGUCGCAUGACCGAAGCCGUCUAUGUCUCGGAAGCAGACUUGUUGCGAGACUUGAUCUUUUUGUUUCAGGGCAUUGAUGGACAAUACAUUCGAUACGAUAUACAACUCAAUGAUCAUGUGUUUAUACCAGGCAUUGAAGUGUCACCUUCCAUUACCAACAUGGUGUUCAAACUAGCAGAUAUUGGAUGGCUGUAUACCAAAGUACGUAACUUUGUCAAUGACAACAUGGACUCGCCUACCAUUGGCUUGGUGGGGCAAUCAUUGUGUGCAGCACUCCAGCAGGAACUGACAGAAUAUUACAAACUGAUCGCCAUCCUGGAAGCGCAAGUCGAGAAACAAAUGAUCAACAACCAGGUCACCAGUCAGAGUUUGACAUUAAAAAAGUUGAUGAUAUGGACCUUGGACUGCAAUCAAAAGCUGCGACUUAUGAGUGUUUUGGUGGAUGUGUGUCAGGGACAAAAGGGAGGCGCAUUGAUAGCCUCUAUUCACAACUACACAAAGCACGGCGAUCCAUUUAUCAAGGACUAUCUCACCAAAAUGCUGCAGAUUGUGUCCAAGCCGUUCUAUGAAAUGUUGGAGCGCUGGGUGUAUGAAGGUGAAUUGGACGAUCCUUACGAGGAGUUUUUCGUGGCGUGUGAUCGUACAGUGCCAGAGGAAGAGCUGUGGCAGAGCAAAUACACUAUGCGUGAAGAUAUGUUGCCAGCAUUUCUAUCCAAAGAGCUCGCUCACAAGAUUUUCUCAAUUGGCAAAUCGUUGAAUUUCAUUCGUUAUAGCUGCCAUGAGGAUACACUGGCAGAGCAGCAACAUGACGCAUCUACAGCAACAGCAGCAGCAAUAGCCAACGACACACUGGAAAAGCAACCCUUCAAGUACGGCGAAACAGAGCAAGUAGAGAAAUCGAUUGAAGUAGCCUAUACAGCGACAAGCAGAGCACUUUUGAAUCUACUGAAAACCAAAUACAAGCUCAUGGAUCAUUUAAAGGCGUUGAAGCGAUAUUUGCUGCUGGGCCAGGGCGAUUUUAUUCAAUAUUUGAUGGACAUUUUAUGGUUGAAUCUAAGCAAGCCUGCCAACACGCUGUUUCGACACAAUCUUACCGGCAUUCUGGAGACAGCUAUUCGCUCUUGCAACGCUCAGUAUGAUGAUCCUCAGAUAUUGAAUCGAUUGGAUGUGCGUCUCAUGGAGAUACAGAAAGAUGAUUUGGGAUGGGAUGUAUUUUCGCUGGAUUACCAUGUGGAUGCACCAAUCAACACUGUAUUCAGUCCUACAGCCAUGCACCAAUACCUGGAGGCAUUCAAUUUCUUGUGGCGGCUGAAGCGAGUGGAAUACACACUGGCUGCGGCAUGGCGACAAUGGGUGAAGGCGAGCCGGGAAUUCACUCAUCUCCCUGAACUUCAGCAGGACAUACAGUUUGCUCAGUUGACCAUUCAGCGCAUGAUCCACUUUAUCUAUCAAUUACAGCACUAUGUAUUAUUUGAGGUGCUUGAAUGCUCCUGGGAUAAAUUGGAGACGUUUAUAGAGCACAAGAGCGUCGAUCUGGAUUCCAUUAUUGCUGCUCACAGCAACUACCUCAGAGAAAUCACAGAAAAGGGAUUUCUGACUGGACCCAAGCAAGAAGCGCUGGCUGGUAAACUCGGCAGUAUAUUUGAUUGCAUUUUGCAGUACAAUGUCGUGCUAGAGUAUCUGUACAAGUACGCAACACAAGAGUCUCUUAAACGAUCCAGUCGAGGCUUGAGCGAUGUAGAAAAGAUGAGCAAGAUACGAAAGCGACACGAAGACAUGGAAGAUCAAUUUACGAUGCAAGUGCUUGGCUUCCUUGACGUGCUGAAAUCCUACCAUGAUGAAGAUUUGAGAUCUCUAUUAACUCGUUUGGAUUACAAUGACUUUUACACAAAAUUCAAUGAAACUUCGCAAAAUGUGAAUUUGUAA